AGAUCAGCGGCUGUAACGCGCCUGCGUGAGUUAGUGAGCUGUGUUGAGGUUGUUCGGUAGUGAAACAGUGAGUUUAUUACACUAACAGGGUCACUUCUGGACCUUUAUGUGUGUGUAGAGAACAUUAGUGUGUAAUUUAGCGGUCAUUAACAUAUGAGGAGUCUGUAACACGCCCAUCCCGGAAAUCUGCCUGUAUGUUGGUGUUAAGGUGACGUGGAUACUACAGGACGUGUUGGGACAAUGACGGCGAAUCUUUGCUGGUCCGUGGGCUUUCGGCUGCUUCUCCUGUGCCUGUUUCCACAAGUUGCCUGGACAGCUGCUUACAAGGAAGGCGAUCCUGUCGUACUUUACGUGAAUAAAGUGGGGCCUUAUCAUAACCCCCAGGAAACCUACCAUUAUUAUACACUCCCUGUCUGCAGACCCAAAGAGGUGCGUCAUAAAGCCUUAAGUCUGGGAGAGGUUUUGGAUGGUGACAGAAUGGCAGAGUCUUUAUACAACAUUCACUUCAGAGAGAACAUAGAAAAGCAGACACUAUGUCAGCUCACACUGUCGGAGAAAGAGGUGGAUCAGUUGAGAGAAGCGAUCGAAGAGCUGUAUUACUUUGAGUUUGUCCUGGAUGAUAUUCCAGUCUGGGGCUUUGUGGGAUAUAUGGAGGAAAGUGGAUUCCUGCCUCACACACACAAGGUCGGCUUGUGGACCCACUUGGACUUCAAUAUCGAGUAUAAUGGCAACUCUGUGAUUUUUGCCAACGUGUCUGUAAAAGAUGUGAAGCCGGUGCCUUUGGACGAAGGAGGAGGUGACGGGGCAAAUGUCAAUAAUGGAGGUCUCGUAGUUACUCACACCUACAGCGUGCGCUGGUUUGAGAGCCUUCUGCCCCAUGCGCGCAGAGCCGAGCGUCUCAGAGACUACUCCUUCUUUCCAAAGACUCUGGAGAUCCACUGGCUGUCAAUCAUCAACUCAUUGGUGCUGGUGGUGCUGCUGCUAGGCUUCGUCAUCAUCAUCCUUAUGAGGGUGUUGAAGAAUGACUUUGCCAGAUAUAACGUAGAGGAAGACGGGACCUGUGAUGAUCUGGAUCAGGGUGAUAACGGCUGGAAGAUCAUUCACACAGAUGUCUUUCGUUUCCCACCGUAUAAAAGCUUGCUGUGUGCGGUGCUCGGAGUCGGAGCUCAGUUUCUCACUUUGGCCACCGGAAUCAUCAUCAUGGCACUGUUAGGGAUGUUUAACGUGCAUCGCCAUGGAGCCAUAAAUUCUGCAGCGAUCGUAUUGUAUGCGCUGACUAGCUGUGUGUCGGGAUACUGCUCGUGUAGCUUCUACACCCAGAUCCACGGUCAUCGCUGGGUUUGGAACAUCAUCCUCACCUCCACCCUCUUCUCUGCCCCUCUCUUUCUGACCUGGAGUGUAGUAAACACUGUACACUGGUGGAGCGGCUCCACACAGGCACUUCCUGCAUCUACGGUGCUCCUGUUGCUAGGUGCUUGGGUGCUUGUGGGUUUUCCCCUUACAGUCAUUGGGGGAAUUGUGGGUAAGAACCGUGCCGGCAGCUUUCAGGCUCCGUGUCGCACACGCAACAUUCCACGCCAGAUCCCAUGGCAACCGUGGUACAAACACACAGCUGUGCACAUGGCCAUAGGAGGAUUCCUGCCUUUCAGUGCCAUAUCAGUGGAGCUCUACUACAUCUUUGCGACCGUGUGGGGUCGGGAGCAGUACACGCUUUACGGCAUCCUGCUCUGUGUCUUUGCGAUCCUGCUGUCUGUUGGAGCCUGCAUCUCUGUGGCUCUCACCUACUUCCUGCUUUCAGGUGAAGAUUAUCGCUGGUGGUGGCGAAGCGUCCUGAGUACCGGCUCCACCGGCAUAUUCAUAUUCGUCUACUCACUUUUUUACUAUUGGAAUCGGUCAAGCAUGAGCGGUCUGGUGCAGAGCAUGGAGUUCUUCGGCUAUUCCUUACUCACAGCGUUCGUGUUCUCGCUCAUGCUGGGGACCGUUUCAUUCUGGGCCUCUCUGGCGUUUAUCCGUUACAUCUACUGCAGCCUGAAGAUGGAUUGAAGAAUGCUGACAAAUGUUUUGUUUCGUUUCUGGACGUCAUUGCGACAUCAAACUGGAGGGUAGUUUAUUGUUCAGAAAAUGGAUUAUAAACUCUUUAAAACAUUUGAGAUUUUCUCAAAGAGAGACUGAUGCUUAAAUAUCCUAAGAUGCAUAUUUCAUUUAAAUUAUAUGAUCAGUAAAUAUUUGCUUUACAAUAUUUGUAUUGGAAUGAGCAGAGCGGAAAACUGCUGCAUGUUCAUUUACUACAACAAAAGUUUACUGAAAUUGAAUCUUGACUCCUUUAGUCACGGUAUUUGGUUCGUCCAGUGCACAGAACUAGUACUUAUGGGUUUAAUGUAUAGCUUUGGGUUAUAAUAUGUUUCAUAGGUAAAGUAUAUAAACGUGUGAAGAGAGACAUUUAUAAAGGGACAGGAUUUUAAACAUGGCAUCAACAAUAAGGUUCAUUAAAACAUUAAAGGCUCAUGUUAGCUGGUACGGCAGUGAGGACUGAGCAGUGAAUAUUUAUUAUUAAGGGAAAAGAUUUAGAAAGGAUUUAUGAUGAGAAAGUGGAAACAAUCAGACCGACUAACAAAAGUAAAAAGAAGUAAAACUAUUCAUGCUGUAUUACGUGUUAUAGCAUGAAUAAUCUUCAGUAAAUGGAAUCUCUAGUUUCUCUCUCUAGUGUCUUUGGUGUGAAACAGGACGAAUGUGGGAGCAAAAUGUUCUAUAGUCACCAUUUACUGUGAUCUUAUUUCAGAUGUUCAUAUACAAACUUUUCAAUAAAAGCUUCCUUUUUCCUACAAAAAAAAAGAA